AACGUGCACAUCUUCAACUUCGGGAUUCGGGGCACGGGUUAUAAUAUUAUUAUUUAUUAUUAAGGACGCAAUACGUCGUGCCAAUGACAAUUGUGAUAUAUGAUAAUAUUAUAGAUUAUAUAAAAUGUCUAUGCUGUCACGAGUGACAGACCAAUGAGCAAUAACGGUUACGUUUCAAGCUGUGUUUUAAUAAUUGUAUAUUAGGCAUUUGUGACAUACGACGUCGAAACGAUGAUAUUGAAAAUCGUAUCUUCCACCAUUAAGACCGUUUACACGGCGACGUGCUUAAAAAUGAAGGAUGACAAAAAAUUCAGAUUAAUCCCUGGGACACUUAUUGCGCUGGGCAUAUCAUACAGUACUGUAACAGCAAAAUCAUUGGCUAUUGACAAAUUUAUGGCAGACACUGUUACAGACUCACAAACAUUAAAAAGUAGACCUGAAGAUAUGAAAACAAUUAUGGAACUUAUGAUUAUGGAUAUACAAGCUGAAUUUUGUCGAGCACUUGAAAAAGAAGAACCAAAAGAAAAGUUCAAAGUAGAUCGAUGGUUAAGACCUGAAGGUGGUGGUGGAGUUACAUGUGUAAUGCAGGAAGGAGAAGUUUUUGAAAAAGCUGGUGUUAAUGUUUCUGUAGUUCAUGGUAAUUUACCUCCAAGAGCCAUCGAUCAGAUGAGAGCUAGAGGUAAAAAUUUUAAAGGUGGCCAAAUACUUCCAUUCUUUGCUGCAGGUGUCAGUGCAGUGAUACAUCCACGCAAUCCUUAUGUACCUACUAUACAUUUUAACUAUAGGUACUUUGAAGUCACUCUACCUGAUAAUACAAUAGAGUGGUGGUUUGGUGGAGGUACUGAUUUAACUCCUUAUUAUUUGAAUGAGGAAGAUGCAGUCCAUUUUCAUCGUUCAUUAAAAAAUGCUUGUGAUCAACAUGACAAAGCAUACUAUCCUAAAUUUAAACGUUGGUGUGAUGACUAUUUUAAUAUACCACACAGAGGAGAACGAAGAGGAGUAGGUGGUAUAUUUUUUGACGAUUUGGACACUCCAUCUACAUUCAGUUUUGUAAAGAGUUGUGCCCAAGCAGUUAUCCCUUCAUAUUUACCAUUAGUACAAAAGCAUAAAAAUGAUUUGUAUAGUGACAAAGAAAGAGAAUGGCAAUUGCUAAGACGUGGGCGGUAUGUUGAAUUCAAUUUGAUUUAUGACAGAGGUACAAAAUUCGGUCUCUACACGCCUGGAGCUAGAUAUGAAAGUAUUCUUAUGUCACUUCCUUUAACUGCAAACUGGAUGUAUAUGCACAAUCCAGAUCCUAAUAGUAGAGAAGGAAAAUUAACAGAAGUUCUAAAAAAUCCUAAAGAUUGGAUUAAAAUUGAAUAAAAUAACCUUAUAAGUUAAAUUUCAAUGAAUUAAUAUAGAGAAUAUUAUUUUAAAAUUAAAAAUUUGAAUCAAUUCAGAAGGAGCAUAUUAUGUACUGAUGAAUGGUAUUUAAAAUUUGUUUUUCUGUAUUAUUAUUUUAUGAUGUAUUUUUAUAUUGUUACUAUAGUUUAAGUAUACAUAGUAUAUUGUUGUUAAUAAUGAGGGUGUUUUAAAAAUCAAAUAUUAGUUUAUUUUUUUAUGUUAUAACUUUUUAAGUUAUUACUUGUUACACUUUUGGUGUGUGGUAAUUUUAUUAAAUUUUUUUUUGAGAAUAAAUCUAUAGCACUAUUUUUUAA